GAAUUGGGCAGGCGCAACAAUGACGCUUCCCACCCGACCCGGCAGUCACAAUCAUCAUCGCCGCCCGUCAACAAACGAAAAUCUCGCCUCCUCCACUACUCACAGGCAGUCCUUCCUAUUUACGAAGCGGCGGUAUGAACGACAUGGCGUCCUUUCGAAAUCGGAUGACUGCCGGAUUGAGCGCCCACUACGCCGACGUCAUUACUUCUAAGCUUGGGGUGUCGCCGUAUGCAGCAAUUCCGGAAGCUUAUCGCCCAUCAACCGGAGCAAACAUCACUUGCAGCGAGAACCUCCUCCGCAAUCUUGCCGAGCUUACCGCUCUCGUUCCCGACCUGGCGUCAUUUCAGAAUCGGAUUACGAAAGCUAUGGAACGUCGAGGGCACAAUCGUACAGUUGGUGGGACGAAAUACUACCUGAGUGCAAGCGAUGUCAUAGUCGCCGUGUUGGAAACCCAAGAAGCGAUGGACCGCUCGCUCCGUGGCCAGCCCGGGCGACGUGGUUUGGCAAUCAACUUCGGAAAGGCUCAGGAGCAGGAAAGGCAAGCCUAUCUGACGAAGCCAGUCACAGCUACGAAGAUUACGCGCGAGUCAGAAAGUUCUGGUAGCCCAUUGAACGGUCUAGGAGACGAGAUAGACGUUGCGGUGAAGCGGAGGCAAGAGGACGCGAUGGGUAAUCCGCUCGUGGCCCAUAGUCUUGAGCCCGCAUCGUCAUCUUGGACGCCAAACAGCGUCUCUGAGCCUGUCAGGUCACAACAAUUCGGAAACGCCGUCGCUACCCAGAAAGAGGAAGAAGACAUCAAGACCACGAAGGAGCAGAGAAAAGAAGAGCUCCGCCGAGAAGCGUGCCGUUUCAUGGCAUCACGAACAUUGGGAGUUCUUCUCGCCACCAAAGAAUCAACAUUUCAAGAAUCCCGAGCCUACAAUUAUUCGGGAUGUUGCAAGAAUCGGAGAGAUCGACAAUCUUCAAUACCCAGUCGAAGUGGCUCUCCCGAGGGAGAAGGGUGUAUUUCGCGAGAUCAAGGAUGCCGAGUCGAUGAGGGAGUUCAUUGAUGACGUCAAUCGACCCUCUGCAAACUCUUCGGUGGCUAGAGCAGACCGCGUUCAAGAGGACAACAUAGCCCAACCACCUGCUGAUGGAACCACACCCGCGAUGCGAUCAUUGCGCCAGCGCUACCUGAAGGAUCUCUGUUGCCGGAUUUCGUCGGUCACUUC